UCAUUUCUAUUUUUUUCUAAUUAAUUUGUACAGAUCAUUAGUAUAGAUUAUGAGAGUUUUCUCAUUUGUAAAGAAGAAGAAUAAAAAAAAAAUCAACAUUUUGUUGUCUAUGAAUGAUGAAUUUCUCAAAGGGAUCUAAAGUCUGGAUUGAAGACAGAAUUUCUGCAUGGGAAACUGGAGAAAUUCUUGAGAUUUCUGGGAAAUUAGUUCAUGCUAUUACUACUUCUGGAAAAAAGGUUUCGGUUCCUCGAGAAAAACUGUUAUUAAGAGAUGCAGAUGCUGAUCAUGCUGGUGUUGAUGAUUUAACAAAAUUAACUUACUUAAAUGAAGCUGAAGUUUUGUCUAAUCUUGCGAAAAGACAUGCUUUGAAUGAUAUUUAUACAUAUACGGGGAGUAUAUUGGUUGCUGUAAAUCCGUUUGCGAAGCUUCCUCAUUUAUAUAAUGUGCAUAUGAUGGAACAAUAUAAAGGAGCUCCACUUGGGGAGCUAAGUCCUCAUGUUUUCGCAAUAGGUGAUGCAUCUUAUAGGGCAAUGAUGAAUGAACGUCGAAGCCAGUCUAUAUUAGUUAGUGGAGAAAGUGGAGCAGGGAAGACUGAAACCACGAAACUGCUUAUGCAGUACCUUACUUAUGUUGGUGGUCGAGCUGCUGGGGAUGAUCGUACUGUUGAACAACAAAUCCUGGAAUCAAAUCCGCUCUUGGAAGCAUUUGGUAAUGCAAGAACGGUUAGGAAUGAUAACUCGAGUCGGUUUGGAAAAUUUGUUGAGAUUCAUUUCGAUGCUAGUGGUAGGAUAUCAGGUGCUGCGGUUAGAAGCUACCUAUUGGAACGGUCCCGCGUAGUUCAGAUUACAGACCCUGAAAGGAAUUUUCACUGCUUCUAUCAAUUAUGUGCAUCGGGCAAGGUUGCUGAGAAAUACAAGCUGGACCAUCCAAGCAACUUCCACUAUUUAAAUCAGAGUAAGACUUAUGAAUUAGAUGGAAGGAGCAAUGCCAAGGAAUAUAUGAAGACAAAAGCGGCAAUGGAUAUCGUUGGUAUAAGUCGUGAUGAGCAGGAAGCUAUAUUUCGGACAUUGGCUGCUAUUCUACAUCUAGGCAAUAUUGAGUUCUCUCCUGGCAAAGAGAAUGAUUCUUCUACUACAAAGGACAAGAAAUCUAUCUUUCAUCUUCAGAUGGCUGCUGAAUUAUUCAUGUGUGACGAGAAACUUUUGCUUGCAACGCUAUGUACGCGUUCUAUUAAGACUCGUGAAGGAAAUAUCGUAAAAGAGCUGGACCGCGAAGCUGCUGCAGCAGGUCGAGAUGCUCUAGCGAAAACUGUUUAUGCUCGGCUGUUCGAUUGGCUCGUUCAGAAAGUUAAUAAGUCUUUGGGACAAGAUACGAAUUCCAAAAUGCAGAUUGGAGUCUUGGAUAUUUAUGGGUUUGAGUGCUUUCAAAAGAAUAGUUUUGAGCAGUUCUGUAUCAAUUUCGCAAAUGAAAAACUUCAGCAGCAUUUCAACGAGCAUGUAUUCAAGAUGGAGCAGGAGGAGUAUAGCAAAGAGAAGAUCAACUGGAGUUAUAUUGAGUUUAUUGACAAUCAAGAUGUCCUGGAUUUGAUUGAGAAGAAACCUGUUGGAAUAAUUGCUCUCUUGGAUGAAGCUUGCAUGUUUCCGAAAUCAACGCAUGCAACUUUUGCGACCAAGCUCUUCCAGAGCUUCAAAGAUCAUCCUAGGUUGGCAAAGACAAAGUUUUCACAAACAGAUUUUACAGUUUCCCAUUAUGCUGGAAAGGUUACGUACCAGACUGAUAUCUUUCUUGAUAAAAACCGAGACUAUGUUGUGGUUGAACACUGUAAUCUCUUAUUCGCAUCUAAAUGCUCAUUUCUUGCUGGUCUAUUCCCAUCGGAAUCAGAUGCCUCGUCAAAAUCAUCUUACAAGUUUUCUUCUAUUGCGUCAAGAUUUAAGCAACAACUCCAAGCACUCAUGGAAUCUCUCAAGGCAACAGAACCUCACUACAUUCGUUGUGUUAAGCCAAACUCUUCGAACAAACCUCACAAGUUUGAAAGUCCAAAUGUCUUACAGCAGUUACGUUGUGGGGGUGUUCUUGAGGCUGUGCGAAUAAGUCUUGCAGGUUAUCCUACAAGGAGGACUUAUUCUGAAUUCGUGCAUCGGUUUGGAAUUUUAGCUCUUGAAUGCAUGGACGGAAGUUAUGAUGAAAAGGCUCUGGCAAAGAGAAUUUUCGAAAAGCUAAAACUUGACAAUUUCCAACUGGGUACCACCAAGAUUUUCCUUAGGGCAGGUCAAAUUGCUGUUUUAGAUUCCCGGCGAACUGAGGUUUUGGAUAUUUCAGCAAGGUUAAUUCAGGGACGAUUGCAGACAUUUCUUGCGCGCCGGCAAUUUAUCUCCACUCGAAAAGCCGCAAUCGUCCUUCAAGCAUACUGCAGAGGUUGCCUAUCUCAAAAGAUUUUUGCAGCCAAAAGAGCAUCAGCAGCAGCUCGUUCUAUUCAAAAGUAUGUUCGUGGUUGGAUAUCACGGCGUUCUUAUUUGCAGCUUUGUUGGGCUGUUCUUCUUAUACAAUCCAGCAUCCGGAGUUUGUCUAGUCGUAACAGUUUACUACACAAAAAGAAACAUAAAGCUGCUUUGCAGAUCCAGACUCAUUGGAGGAUGUUCAAGGCCCGCUCAACUUACCAACGCUAUCACAGUUCAAUGAUAGUUUUACAGUGCCUAUGGAGGCAAAAUCUUGCAAAAAGAGUCUAUCGGAAGCUUAAACGGGAAGCAAAUGAAACUGGUGCAUUACGCUUAGCAAAGAAUAAGCUUGAAAAAGAACUGGAAGAUCUCACAUGGAGGUUGCAGCUAGAGAAAAGAUUACGGGUGUCAAGCGAGGAGGCUAAGUUAGCAGAGGUUUCAAAGCUUCAGAAAGCAUUGGAUUCCAUGAGCUCGGAGAUGGAAGCUUCUAAAUCAGCAACCAUAACUGAGUGCAAUAAGAGUUCGUUGCUUCAAAGUCAGUUGGAAGAAUCUAUGAAGGAAAAAUCAUCUUUGGAAUGCAGAAUUACUGAAUUGGAAGAGUUAUGUAAGGAGCAUUCAUGUUUGAAGAGUUCAUCUGAAUCCCUAGCAGAAGAAAACUCCGCUAUAAAGCUUGAUCUCAUCAAGGCUCAAAGCGAGAGUAAUAGCACACUGGAGAAGUUAAGAGAAGUGGAGGCACAGAAUUUGCAGCUUCAGCAGAAUUUCCGAAGUUUGGAGGAGAAGAUUUCGAAUUUAGAGAAAGAGAAUCAUGUGUUAAGACAAAAAGCAUUAUGCUUAUCUCCAAAGGUCAAUCGGCCGGCAUUUGCAAAGACAUUUUCUGAAAAGUACUCUGGGAUGACUGUUGUGCUUCCUGAUACUGAUAGAAAGAACACAUAUGAUUCUCAUUCGCCUCGUUCGCCUACAAAACUUUUUUCACCAUUUGCGCGUAUUGGAACUGAGUCAUUUAGGUCAAAGAUUAUCACUGACAGGCAUCAAGAGAGUCAUGAGUUUCUUUUAAGGUGUAUCAAAGAAGAUUUAGGAUUUCAAGAUGGUAAACCAGUGGCAGCUUGUAUUAUAUAUACAUGCCUUCUUCACUGGCAUGCCUUUGAGUCUGAGAGGACUGUUAUUUUCGAUCGCAUAAUCGAGGGAAUUAAAGUUGCCAUAAAGGUGGGGAAUGUGAACAAUAUGUUGCCUUAUUGGUUGUCGAAUGCUUCAACACUUCUGUGCCUCCUGCAAAGGAAUCUACGCUCAAACGGUCUUUUAAGAAUGAUGCCCUUUUCUCGGCAUGCUUCUGGACAUCCUGGAGCCAGUAUGAGAGUAAUUCCUGGCUUGUCACCUAAGCAAUGCAAUACGUUCGAUGAUGGUAUGUCACACGUAGAAGCAACCUAUCCAGCUAUAUUAUUUAAGCAGCAGUUGACUGCUUAUGUUGAGAAGAUUUUUGGCUUGAUUCGUGAUAACUUGAAGAAAGAGAUUGCCCCACUACUCAGUCUCUGCAUUCAGGCACCGAAGAACGUUAGCAGGCGCCCUGUAAAGCCAUCCAAGUUUCAAGGAGGUAUUCCUCAGCAACAGUCUCUAAGCAGUCACUGGGACAGGAUUAUCAAAUUCUUGGAUUCACUCAUGAGUCAUUUACGUGAAAAUUACGUCCCGUCUUUUUUUAUCCGCAAGCUUAUUACCCAGGUUUUCUCUUUCGUCAAUAUAUCUCUAUUUAACAGUCUUCUACUACGACGGGAAUGUUGCACAUUUUCAAACGGUGAAUACGUAAAAUCUGGUCUUGCUGAACUUGAACGGUGGAUUACUAAUGCCACUGAGGAGUUUGCAGGUUCCUCUUGGCAGGAGUUAAAUUAUAUCAGACAAGCAGUUGGUUUUCUGGUGACACAUCAAAAGCGAAAAAAGUCGCUGGAGGAGAUCACACGGGAUCUAUGCCCGGCAUUGACUGUAAGACAAAUUUACCGGAUAAGUACGAUGUAUUGUGAUGACAAGUAUAGCACACAGAGUGUGUCAACAGAGGUUGUUGAACAAAUGAGAGAGACUCUAAAUAAGGCUGCUUCGAAGAAUCUCAACUCUAAUUCAUUCUUGUUAGAUGAUGAUCUAAGCAUUCCGUUUUCUACUGAAGACAUCGCAGAGGCCAUUGCAGAGGUAGAACCAUCAGAUGUAGAGUUCCCACCGUUCGCGCAUGAAUAUGCUUGUGCACAAUUCUUAGUCCCUAAUCAAGAGUAGAUAUAGGCUCCUCUGUAAAGCUCCAGUCCCCAAUUAAAUUUUGUAAAACUGACUGGAGAUGCGUGACGGGGACUAAUUUGGAGCUUCCUCCCAUCAGAAGUUGUGCAGGUGCACAUAAUCUUAGACAGAGAUACCUAAAUCUUUUAGCCAGUACAGAUCAACACAGGUGUUUCAGGGCGGCAAGUGUUACAGGCAGGGGGGAGUCUUGGACGAGUUCGUUAGCCAAUCCUUUUACAUUUCUGUACAUCUAUUACCUUCUAACACAUACAAGCUGUUGUAAAAUACUGUACAGAAGAUCUGUGACAUCCAUUGAAGUUCAGAGUUUGUAAACUAGCUUGUAUUCAUUCAGUAGCAAAAAUACAUUCAAUAAAGCACACCUUACUGUA